UCUCUUCUUCGCCCCUGAAUCAUCUGCGGGCUCUGAGAGGAUGGCGGGAGCCGGCGGAGGCCGUUCCCUGCAGGAAACACCCACUUGGGCCUUCGCCGUCGUCUGCUUCGUGCUCGUCCUCAUCUCCCUCUUCAUUGAGCACUUCAUCCAUCUCCUUGGCAAAUGGCUAACAAAGAAGAACAAACGAGCUCUCUAUGAAGCAUUGGAAAAGAUAAAAUCAGAGUUGAUGCUUAUGGGGUUCAUAUCCUUGCUGCUCACAGUGUUGCAAGGCCCCAUAUCGCAGAUUUGCAUACCAGAAAGACUUGGGAAGGUCAUGCUUCCAUGUGCGAGGGCGGUCAACCAAUCUAGUUACGGCACUAACGGUGAAAGCAACCAGGAUCAUUCCUCUGACGACAGCACGGAGGAGCUUCAUAGCCGGAAACUCUUGCUGACCGGCCCUUCCGGUGCAGAUCUUCGUCGGAUCCUCGCCAGCGGAGGCGGCGGUGACAAGUGUGGAGCCAAGAAAAUAGCACUGGUUUCGUCGACUGGGAUCAAUCAGCUUCAUAUUUUCAUCUUCGUGUUGGCGGUAUCUCACGUUCUAUACUGUAUCACCACCAUGGCGCUAGGCAGAGCCAAGAUGAGAAGGUGGAAGGCAUGGGAACAAGAAUGUAAGACCACGGAGUACCGAUUCACACACGAUCCCGAGAGGUUCAGGUUUGCAAGAGAAACGUCCUUUGGAAGAAGGCACUUGCAGUUCUGGAGCAGAAUACCAGUUUUAUUGUGGAUAGUGUGUUUCUUCAGGCAGUUCCUAGGGUCAGUACAGAAAGUAGAUUAUUUGACGCUAAGGCACGGCUUUGUCAUGGCACAUCUUUCUCCUCAUUCUACCACCAAUUUUGAUUUUCAAAAGUACAUCAAAAGAUCCCUAGACGAAGAUUUCAAAGUCGUGGUUGGCAUCAGCCCGGUAAUUUGGUUCUGUGCGGUCCUAUUCAUCCUCUUCUUCGCUAAUGGAACGUAUUCCUACUUUUGGCUACCAUUCAUUCCACUAAUUAUAAUUCUUAUGGUGGGGACGAAGCUGCAAGUGGUGAUAACGAAGAUGGGGCUGCAGAUUCAAGACAAAGGGGAUGUGGUGAAGGGAAAUCCGGUCGUCCAGCCCACGGACCACCUCUUCUGGUUCAGCCGUCCUCGCUUGAUCCUCUUCCUCAUUCACUUCGUCCUCUUCCAGAACGCCUUCCAGCUCGCUUUCUUUGUAUGGGCCUGGUGUACAUUUGGGCUGAGGUCAUGCUUCCAUCGUAAAGUAUCAGACAUAAGCAUACGGAUUUCAAUGGGGAUCUUGAUUCAGUUCCUCUGCAGCUAUGUCACCCUCCCACUCUACGCGUUGGUCACUCAGAUGGGCACCAACAUGAAGCCCACAAUCUUUCAAGAGAAUGUCGCCGGCGCAUUGAGAAGAUGGCACAACGGUGCAAGAAAGAACCUUAAGGAGGGCCGUAAACCAGGGUAUAUGACACCAACCCCAAGCAGUAGCAGGCCAAGGACACCAAGGUCUAGCAACCCCGGAACACCAAUUCAUGACUCCUCCCCUGUACAUCUCCUACAUCGUUACCGGAGUGAAAUGGACCCUUCCGUAAUGUCGCCGACGUUUUACAAUGAAGGCCAGGUUGCCGGCGGUUCGGCAAGCCCUUCCCGCCAUGCAGUUGGUGAAGGUUCUUCUUCUCACCAUCACAGGCAUGGAAGUCCGGACCCACAUGGCUUGGAGAUGCAGGAGGUUGUGGUGCAUCCUGAUGCUGAAGCAAACCUUAAGCAGUUUUCUUUUCCAAGAAGAGAAAUAAAUAUUGAAAUCCAUCACUGAUUAUUAUAGCAAAGAAAAGUAUUAACUUGGGGGGAUUGUAAGCGGUAAUGUAUUUAUACAUGGAUUCAUUUGGAGAAUCACUAGGUAAGCAUAAAUUCUUUUGCCGGUGGGCAUGUUUGAGGUGGUAAAAUUCCCUACUUACUCCACCGAUUUUUCAUAACCGUGGUCAUAAACAGUUUUUCCUCCAUGGAAAGAAGAAUUAAGCAAAGUGAUCUGGCCACUGGUUAUGCUUCCUCUUACUGAAAAUUAAAUAAUAUCUAAGUACCCAUUGUUUA